AUUAUUUGUUGCAAGUGCAUCCACUUUAGUUCCACAAGUGUAACAAACAAGUGAUAUUGAAGUCAGUUCUCACUAAAACUGAAAGAGACACUAGUGUACAAAGUUCUCCAUUUGCUAAAAUUUAGUAGUGCUAUAUUGAAUAUACCCUGAAUCCGGUUUGUUUGUGCGUUCCUGUCAUGUUGGUAAACAUAAAACAAAAACUGUGAAAAGAAUUUACGCAAUUCAUUGAAAAGACAACAAACAAACAAACGACGCGUUGCAUGGCUCAAUUAACUUCAGUGUGAUGUGAGUGGUCCAACGCGAGUGCCGGUCAUCCGCGCCUUAUUUUCUCGUCAUCUCGCGCCAAGGAUGCCUGAUGACUCUACAAUAAGCGACAAAAAUAUGACGAAAUGUUUACGCAAAAUGUAUAUGAAAUUGCCUCUGUAAUCUCACCGCGAAAUUAGCCAGUAAAGAUGGUUAACGGCAAUUACGUAUUAUAUGGUGACAGACCGUCGUCCGCGUCAGAGAUUGUCGACGAUCAUGUACAAACUCUAACCACUGACCGCAGAUCCAAACGGAAAGUGAAUCGAUAUACAACAGAGAAUGGGCACAAAUUACAACAAUUGGACAACGAAACUGAUUCUGUUAAAUACGAAAAAAAAAUUAACGAACCGAGGCUUCUACGAUAUGUACCCACAACAGACGUAGAGGAGCAUUUCGUUAAUGAAAAUUUUGAGACUUACGACCUAAAGCCUGCGGAGGAGCGGCCGAGGAGGUACGCGUUUAUUAAAAAACCUCGGAACCCGUCUGAUGGUUCUGUUAACUAUGCGUACUCCCGGUCAAGCAGCAGUUCCCCUAGCAUGAAUCUGCCUACAAUUUCGGAGCACAGUGAACAAUACGGCACUUACCGCGUACGAAAUCCUCACCACGAAACUCCAAAAAUGGUGGACGUGCAAACGGGCUACGAAUCUAAACUCGAUAAAUAUUUUACCAAACCGAGGGACCUCAAAUUCCCUCCAAAGGUAAGCUACAAUGGCUCCCACCCGGACAGCCUGUACCGCGUGCCAAACGACUCUGACGCGGACGCAAGCAAGCUUUCACGUAUGUUCCGCACGCUGCGAUGGCCUGUCGCUUUAAUCGUCAUCUGCGUCGCGCUUGCCGUUUUCGUUUACUUCCUUAUGCCUGACCACAUGAAUACGGAACUAGAACUAGUGAAUAGCACAUUUUGGAACACCAACCCUAAUGUGCCACCUAAAGAAAAACUACAAGAUACCUCAGAUCGAAGUGUCGGCUUGCAGACGACGUCCACAAAUGUGUUAUCUACCACGCAACCGACAAAGAAACCUGGAGCAAAAACACCUGAGAUAGAUUUCAAUGACGCUGAGACUGGGAAAAAUAUGCAAUUGAUUUCAAUAAUUGAAAGUAUAACGGACAGGAAACCAAUGAAAAAGAUUCCUGUUGUACCCGUUUUCCCCACACGAAUAACACCUGAAGUCCAGUACGGAAAUGAGAAUGCGGAUACAAACAAAUUGCGAUCUCCAAAAUUGCUUGAGAAAAUCAUUGUGCCAGCACACGAUUCCACAGUGAAGCCGCACAUAACUCUAAAACCUGAAAAGCCAUUAUCAGUUUACUUCAAACGAGUAUCAACAAGUACAAUCAGAAGUACCAACGCAAGUACAACAAGCCCUAGUACAGAGACAAUAACAAUUACAGAAACAACUAGCGACUACUCGGUCGACAAUAGAGAAGAUGAGAUUCCAAUUUAUUACGCAUCUCAACCGCCAAGGCGACAUACUCCUGAAGAACCAAGAUAUCCAGCUGACGAAGAUCCGGAAUCCGACUAUACGGCUGAUAUUCUGCCUUAUAAUAACUCCCCGGCAAAAAAUGUCGAAUUUAACUUCACUUCAGGUCAUUCAAAAUUUUUUGGUAUCGGCAUUGAGGAUGCGGAAAAGAUGAAAUCUACCACGCAGAGCUCACUGUACAACACAAGAGUAUCACCAACGUUGCCAACGUGGCGUGAUGGGGACGACACUACGACUAAAAAGUACCCCAUAAAUACAAAUGCCGAUGUUCCACAAUGCCACUCCCCACGACAAGCGAUGUGUCGUGGCGUGCUGCCAUAUGACCUGGCUGGACCGGCGCCUACUCUGGACGGAAAGCCUAUUGCUAAAAUGUUACCGCAGAUGGAGUAUCUGCUUGCCACUAAUUGCAGUAUCCGCGCCAGACAGUUCCUAUGUUCUUUGCUGGAACCCGAGUGCAACCCACCACCGUUUCCGCCCAAGAUGCCUUGCUUUAGCCUUUGCAAGGCUGUCAUGGACUACUGCGAUGAGUUCAUUCCUCGUGAGUUAGUGAAUGCCUUCAAAUGCAAUCAGUAUCCGAGCAUCAACUGCAUCAGCGCUCGGAGCCCAUGCGGCAGACGCGAGCUCCAGUGCAGGGACGGGACCUGCGUGCCCCGCGACUGGAUGUGCGAUGGCAAUCGCGACUGCUCCACUGGAGAUGACGAAGAGCCUUGCAUCACCUGUGAGAAAGGACAAUAUAAAUGCCCUACAUCUGGUGCGUGUGUUAAAAAAGAAUGGAUAUGUGACGGCUAUAACGACUGCCCGGAUGGCGAUGAUGAGGACAGCAUUUUGUGUAAACAGACGAAUUCUCAGAGAAAUCCGACGGCGGCCGCUUCUGAAGAACACGAAGGCGAGGAGGCUGUAGGCUCAGCACCUGCACCCUCAGUGCGUCGCCCUAAUCACUUGCCAACGGCACGCACUAGGAGUCAAUUCAGAGGUGAUGACAGCAAAGAAUUACUCAUUACGAGCGAUAGCAACAACGGUUUUAGAAGAAAUUUCACUCGUCGUCCAUCACCUUCUCGCCUUACACCUUACCGACCAAAGCAUCGUGAGCCUCCCAUUCGCGAUGAUAACAAUGAAAGCGAAGAACAAGUCGCGAAGUCACAUAAAAAAAGACCUGAUGCUAAGCUCGACGACAAGAUCUACAGUGACGACAAUAUUAAUAUAGAAGAUUUGGGUCUUUUUGAAGAAUUCACCAAAGACAACAAAGAGCAAAGGAAACAGUAUAGGGAACGUGAAAAAGCGUCAUUAAUGGGUGGUGCUCCGUAUCCCUCAGGUUAUUCGGAUCCUGCACCAAAGAAAACACACUCAACACAAAAACCUAAAGCACAAACUGAAAUAAUCGAUGACGACGGUAUUCCACCGCCAAAAACCACUAAACUCGAUAAAAGUAAUAAGUAUGAAAGGAUCAUAGAUGGUGCUGCUUUGUUGAGGAAAGCGGCAGAGGAAGCUAAAAGGGCAGCUGAAAUAAGCACAGAGCCGUUCCGUAUGGCGUACGAUGAUUUCCCUGCGAUUUCUACUUCAGGCGGGCGAAGUCAUUCGUCACCAUGUCCAAGCGGAGAGCUGCGAUGCGUUGACGGCCGCUGCAUUAAUCUGGCGCAGCUUUGCGAUGGCACCAUCGACUGUUCCGACCACGCUGAUGAAGACAACUGCUACACAUGAUCACAUGGACUCAAUUUUAGGGCUUCUUGAGAUGUAUCCAGUAGUUUAAGUUAUCAUUUUUAUACUCAUAUUGUACCUACUCGAAUACAUGAUACUAAUUUCAAGAUUUUUGAACUGCACAGUUACUCAUAUUUUUAAAAUCAGUGUCGAAACCAUUGCUUGGCUUGGCAGUGCUCCAUUACAGUUUUUGAUAUUUUAUGAAUAGGCAUAAUACGGAUAUAGUUCCGUUUUCAGGUACAUUCUCAUGUAAAAUUGCCAUUGUUAUGGGUUACUAGUAAUGUAAACGCUGCCGCUGUGAUAAAGCAAUGCAUGAAUUUAUAAGAAUUGAGGUUUUCGACAACUGAAUAGGUAUGGUUCGUUAACGUUAAUCUCAUACGUGUGAAUUAAUUGCAUAAUAAUUUUAUGAAAACUAACUAGUUUUUCGUUUUGGUAAGUUACUUUUAGUCGUGAAUUACUUAUUAGUAACUCAAAAACAAACUUAUUUAAAGCAUAAAUAAAACCAUUAUUUAGCCUGGCGAUUUAUAAUAUAAAAGUUAUUCUUGACAUUUUUUUGCUUAUAAUUUCCUAGUAUGGUGAUGUUAAACUCAUUAAAUCGAAAAUACUCGUACAAAAUAAUCCAUGUAGUUUAAAUAAGUUUAAUUAUAGAACAUUUUGUAAAUAUAGAUUAGUAUCGAUCUAUUUAUAGUAAUUUAUAUUAAGUUACUCCGUCCCUAGAUAACUGUUAUUCUAGAUAAUACGGGGUGAAAAAUAAACAUGAAAGAAACAAACUAGUGGAAAUGGUACCUAGCUGCUUUGUUACCACAGCCAUCGUCACGAUUUGAUAUCAUUAUCAAACGAAAUUAGAAUUUUUCGAAAUUAGAAAACUUUUCGAAAUUAGUAAGAUAGUAAUGUCGGACACGAUCAUACUAGAUCAUAAUCUACAUAAUAUAAACAACAAUAUGAAUUUUGCUUUUGGAGUUCCGUUACUUGACACUAGAUGGCGCUGUGUUCAAUAGUUCUUGUGGGCAUUUACUUAUACUUGAAACAAUAACUCAACAAAUAAGAACUAAAUGCUUAUCAUUCUAUAGUAACGGAAAUUUGGUUACUUUAGAACAAAAAAAACAAACUACGGCAACAAUUAAAAAGUAAAGUAACAACAGGUACCGAUACGUGUUCAAUGAUUAUAGGAUCAAGCAACGGAAAUAAAUCUUGUUAUUUCUACGUUUAUAUUAUAAAAAGAAAAACUAAACACCUACCUUCAACGCCUUGUGACUACCUAACUUAUGUUGUUUUUUAAUCUAAAUAUUGUAAAUUUAUUCAAUGAAAUUUGUGCAGUUUCUUUUUAUCCCCGAUACAGAUGAAAGAUGAUUUUACUUUUUAUUAUUUUCGCUCACGUAUCGACGUUUGCCUAAAGGUUGUAUAUUUAUUACGUCUAACCAUAAAGUUUAAUGUAUAUAUCCUAAAUGGGUACCUAUGUAUGUUUUUGUUGCUAUUUUUUUCCAAAAUUCUUGAACUCAUUUUGAUUGUUUUCUGAUAGGUAUGAUACCUAUUAAGUCAUAAAUAAAGGAAAAAUCAUAAGUUUAAAAAGCUUUUCCGUGAGUGGAUGUUUAAGCGAUCACUUGUGUGAAAAAAUAUAAUGGAUUUCAGAAUGCGUCACUUUGUUAUCCUUGCUUUUAAACCAUUACCGUUGGUUUAGUUUGAUUUUAGACAUAUUUUAUGGUAAAUUUCUUUAAUUUUAUUUUAAGUUGCGUAAAAGUUUCGAAGGUGCUUUUAUUAAAGGUCCAAAGUAAUGUCAUAAUAAUAAAUGUAACUUUUUAAACUUAUGAUGUCAUUACGAAAAUAAAAUAGUUACUUGUAUAGAUAUACAUAGUUAUACUUUCGGCUUACUAUUAAGUUUUAUCCGAAUAAGGUAGAAAAUGUAAAUUUUUUUUAAAGAAAAUAAACUGCUUACUCUAGUUUAGUUACUUAUUGUCACUGUUUUUAUAAGCAACC